UCUCUUUUUUUGCUCAAAAAUAAACUCGUAAUAACAUUUCUAAAGAAGAAUCGUAAUACCAUCUGAGGAUCCGAUCUGACCAGUGAGGCAGUGACCCUUCACUUGUCUCUUCGUGGGACUCCGACGAACCCCGAUCCCGCGCGCCGGCGACCAUGGAGUUCAUCGACCCCUGGGACUCCCAGACCCGCGCCCGCGUCGUCCAUUCCGGCGCCAACUCCACUUCCUUCUCCUCCACCACCACCGCCAAAGCACCCCUCUCCCUCCCGCACGCCGCAUCGUGCGCCGCCGCGGCCGUCGCGCUCCUCGCCGCCGCGUACUACCUCCCCGCGGCCUACCAGAUCCUCUCCUCUCUCCUCAUAUGGAUCGCUUCCUCCCUGCUCCUCGCCCCCUUCGCGCCCUCCUGGGCCACUGGCGGCGACAUCUCCGUCGGCCGAGGCCGCGUCGUCCCCGCUCCAGAACCGGCCCCAGAACCCGUCUCGGAACCCACGCCCGCCCCCCGUCGCGGCCGUCGCCAGAACCCGGCCCCGACUCCCACAAAGCCCUCAGAUCCGGUCACUCCUCCCGUCCAGUCGGCUGCAUCGCUGCAUCCGCUGCAGAAGGCGACGGCUGCGGGUGGAGCCGUCGUGGACGGCGGCGAGAGGGAGGAGGACGCCGGCGAGUGGACCGACCAAGACCUGGAGCUCCUCCGGCGGCAGAUGGUGAAGCACCCGGCCGGUGAGCCCCAGCGCUGGGAGAAGAUCGCCGCGGUGUUCGGCGGCCGCCGCACGCCCGAGAGUGUCAUCCGGGCGGCGAAGUCGGGCGCCCCCGCGGCGGGAGGAAGCUCGUUUGACCAGUUCCUACGCAAGCGGAAGCCGCUCGAUCCGAGGGCCGAGGCUGCUGACAUUGGGGACAAUGCCGGAGGCGCCGAGAGUGCGGACGCCGCUUGGACCGCCGGGGAUGACAGGGCCUUGCUGAACGCGCUCAAGGAGUUCCCCAAGGACACUGCAAUGAGGUGGGAGAAGGUGGCGGCCUCUGUACCCGGGAAGACUAAGGCCGCGUGCAUGAAGAGGGUCACUGAGCUCAAGCGAGACUUCAGGAGCACCAAGACGGCAUCGGAGACAGCAUCUUAAGCAAAUGCCUUUGCCUGAGAAUUUUGGUAGGGUGAAAGGUGUAUCUUUCUAGGACUAGUGUAGCUAAUGUAGUCUGGUCAGGGAUAAAAAGUUUGCAGAACAGAGUGUGGUCCACACUUUCUAUUUCAAGCAAUCACAUGUUCAUAAAGGAAAAUAACUAAAUAUCAAUAGAUCUUGUCAGAACAAGAACAAUGAAGGAGAAAGGGCUACCGCUGUGAACUGCUAAUGUUGCAAUAAAGGAGAAAGAACUACUGUUGUGAACUGCUAAUGUUGCAAUAAAAGAGAGAGCUACUGAUGUGAACUGCUAAUGUGCUGCGUAAAUUGCAAACUGCCAGUAUUUUUCCUCUUGAGUUUGCAAUCAGCUUUGAGCUACCAAAUGGUCAUGUAAAAAAAACUGAAAAUUAUUAUGAUAUAGUCAGACUUGUUGUAGCAACUUUUACAAUUUCAACUUCUUAUUCAAACUUUGUGAAAAGAAAAACUAUAAAUAGUAAGUCUUACCAUUUGUGGAAAUCUCCUCAUUCUGAUCUAGUUGGAACUCGAACAUGAAUUCCUGUAGAUUGGGCAAAUUGAGAAGUAGUACACGAUAUAUUAUGAAUGGAAAGUAGCUAAAUCUAUA